AUGGCCGUUUCCGAGUGGCGUUUGUCGCUGAAGUUAAUGGACCAGCCUUCCCUUCCCAAGUCGGUCCUUCAGUUUCCAGAGGCAGAGCCCGGUGAUGUCCCACCUGGCCAGUACCGCGUGGCGACUCUCAAACAGCUCGUUUCAGCGCAGUUACCGGACGCGAUUCCAGAUCCUGAGCUUAUAGAGUUGGUGUACUGUGGCAGAAAGCUGAGGGAUGAACUCACUUUAGACUCUUACGGGAUCCAAUCUGGGUCAACAGUGCAUAUCCUGAGAAAGUCAUGGCCAGAACCUGACAUCCAGCCAGAGCCAGUGGACAGGGUGACAGCCGCAAGGGAAUUUCGUGUCCUGCAGGCAGCUCUUCACACCAGCACAGCCUACAGAGACUCUGUUUUUAAGAUGCUGAACAACAAGGAGUCUUUGGAUCAAAUCAUUGUGGCGACACCUGGCUUGAGUAGUGAUGCAAUGGCCCUAGGUGUGCUUCAAGACAAGGACCUCUUUGUGCAAUUCACAGAUCCAAACAUGCUUGACAUGUUGAUUAGCUCUCACCCAUCAUUGGUUAAUGCCAUUAUUCUGGUGCUGCAUUCUGUAGCUGGUAGUGUUCCCACUCAGCAGAGUGCCAACUCCUCUAGAAAUGCAUCCUCCAGCUCCUACAGCGACAUGCCAGGUGGUUUUCUCUUUGAAGGUGUGUCGGACGAUGAGGAUGAAUUCCAGUCUGGGAAUCGCAGUGGGCCAUCCUCAAGUUCUGCAGGUUCUUCCGGCCUGAGGCCUGCUACAUUAGGUUACAGUGGAGCAAUAGGGCCCAGGCCAAUCACACAGAGUGAACUCGCUACAGCUCUGGCAUUAGCCAGCACUCCAGAAAGCAGUGCUGUUACACCUACCAUAGGAAACCAGGGAGCUUCUUCUGGAGUUUCCCCUAUUCCUGCAGGAACUCCGAUAACAAAUGACCUUUUUAACCAGGCCCUGCAGCAAGCCUUACAAGUGUCUAGCAUAUCGUCUCUGCAAAGUCAGUGGCAAUCUCAGCUCCAGCAACUGCGAGAUAUGGGAAUCCAGGACGAGGAGCUGAUUCUGCGAGCCCUACAGGCCACUGGAGGAGACAUCCAAGCUGCCCUAGAGCUCAUUUUUGCUGGGGGAGCUCCAUGAGAUCCUGCAUACUCAAAGAACAUAUUCUGCAAUAUUUGUGAAGUUAUAGUUGUACAAAUAAUUAGUAAAUAUUUUAAAUAGAAAAUCUGUUCACACUUUUUCCCCUGACAUGCUAACGUACAUAUUUGUAUUUAUUUUAUGAUCACUGAUUAUGUGAAUAUACAGUCCCCUCCAGAAUUAGUGGCACCCUGGCUCCCGAGUGGCGCGACAGAAAAGCAUUCUCUCUGUUGUCUUGAGCUGGCCAUAGCCACCCAUGGCCAGGAGUCCAAAAGAGCAAAAUUGGUAGUGCUCUAUGGAUGGGUGGGGUGAUACACUGUCAAUUACAGAAAAACUAGCCAAUCAUUGGUGUCUGUGAGCUCAUGCAUGCAGAAGAGGGCAGAUAGCACUUUCCCCCGAGUGUGUUAUGCUGUCCUGUGAUGCAGCAGUUCGAAAAGAUUGGCUUCACAUUGGCUGGCUUCCCAUGUCUGAGAGGAAGCAUGAAUUAGCCUUCACCCUCUGUGAUUGGAAGCACAAAAACAGCAAACAUUUAAAA